AUGAAGACUGGGAAUAUGGAAAAAUCGGUGAACAUGCAUUCAUUGAGACCGGAAGGCCGAAUUCCAGCUGGACUUCAUGAACACGGCAACAUGAUGCAUCGCGUUGAUCCUCUACCAUCUUCGCAUUUGAAUAAACUAACAUCACAUGAUAAACAUCAUCAUUCUUAUCAUCACCAUCCGUACCAUAAUCUUCAACCGGACAUGACCCCGAAAGAACAUCUACAUUCACUUAACCUACGACGAGGAAAACAUGCUGAUGGUAAUCCCUCAGAUCAUUACCAAAUGUACCAACUGGCUCAUGGGAACUCGCGAACUUUUGGCAAACACCCAUCGGAUAUGGAAGGUCACCGUACACAUGCUGGCCAAUGGUCUGAUUUGGAUCGCUUCCACGGCCAGAAAGGAUCAAGCAAAUGGGGCCGUUCUGAACCGCAUUUGCAUCAUGCUCGCCGAGAUCUACCGGAAUACGGCAUUUCCGCGCGUCGAAUGUAUGAUGAUGCGUACGAUUACCGAAAGCCGGAAUGGAUGGGUCAGUCGAAACCCGAGAUUGUCCGUGACCGAUACGAGGCUAAUCAGUCACCCGUGAGACACAAUCAGAACUUCCUAUCUCACAUGGGAGGGCAACCGUCGUUCAGUGAACGGGAUUGGUCUCGUCGACGCCCAGAUCAGCCCUCAUUCGGAGCAUUCGGACAGAAAUUCUUCUAA